UGGAUAUCAGGGUUUCAAUCAGCUUUCGGGACAAAGAUGAGUCUAGUUCAGAGACGUCCAUUGGUCCAGGAGAGAGGAGCACGGUCACCUAGCCUCGAAGGAUGUUAAACCCAUGUGUAGAGAAUGGAUGCUUGUGUCCAGAAGAUGGUUCCUGUCAUCCUGAGAGUCCUGAUGCUGUGCUCUUGCCUGGGUCCACUGCUGCUUAAUCCGACCCCUCUGUGGUGCGUCAGCGCUGCCACCACCAGUUCACCCUCCACAUCAGCAGGCCACUGCAACACCACUUGUCCCAAAGUAAGUGAAGUAAAUCUUACCAGUCCCAGUUUUGAUGUGACGGAGGGUGACGACAUCACGAUGGAAUGCGAACACAACUUGCCCCUGACUGGCCUGAAAUAUGAGUGGCAGGAGAACAACAUAACAAUGACAGACGAAACCAAUAACACCUUGACCCUGACACGUCUGCCGGCACCCCUUACCACCAACUACUCCUGCUCUGUCAUCAGCUGUUGUGGAACAUUUACAUCCAUGACAAAAACGGUUGUGGUAAAAGACAACAGUAUGGUGAUAUUGGUGGUGUGUGCUGUGCUGGCUGUGGUGUUUAUUCUGGCUGUGGGAGUCGGCAUGAAGUUCUACCUCAAGAGGGAAAAUGUUAGGAGCAAGGAGAAUCGGGAGAGGAAUAAUCAGCAGUUUAACAGAGGCAGCUAGACCCUAGCUAACGAGCUGCAACACAUCCCAUAACUAGCUACCCUCACAAUGACCCGAAGGUUCACAACGACCCAUCGUCACAACUUCACCCAAUAGAAAAACAAAAUAAAAAGCAUUUUCAAAGCAAGCCCGACGGUUAAAAGAAAAUGCUUCACUUUAUUUUUGUAUGAGGUAAAGUUGUCGCAACACGACGGUUGGUCACAAUGACUGAAGGGUCACAAUGACCCGAAGAUAACACAAGGGUUAACAUCAUUAGCGAACAAGCUAUAGAUGCCCAGCUCAAGAGAUAUUAGACACCCCUUGGUAACAAAGUUACUGUUAUGUAUUACCUAUCCUGUAGACACUCUUUGAUGACCACUUGCAUAAUAGCUAGCUUUGCUCCUAAAGACCCAUAGCUAAUAAGCUAACUCAUUAGCUAAACCAGAUAACUUAACUAGAUAUUUAGUCACUUAAGUAAACACCUCUGUUUAAAGCUUCUAACCCACUGUGACUUUACAACUUAGACCUGUCUUAGACCAAAAUGGCUGGGUUUUCUGUUUCUUCUAUACCUGGUUUUGCUUUCCAGAAAUAAACAG